CCCAUUUUCAACGUCAAGCCGCUCCGAGCGCUGCUCUCCCCGCUGCUUCUUCCACCGGUGCCUUUGUGCCCGUACCAAAGGCAGCUCCUCUCCCGGGGGUGCAGCGGCCCUGGGGGGGCUCCGGGCGCCCGGCUGGGCUCGGGGCGCUCCCGCACCGAUGUAACGCGGCGGCGGCGGCGAAGCCUGCGAGCACCGGGGACAGCUCCAUGUUCCCCCGAGCGCCCGACUAAAGGCGGAUGCCGCUCCCCGACCCACCGAGGCCGUCGCCGGGGGAGGUGUGACCGCGAGCCGGGCUUGGGUUGGGGGCUUCUGCCCGGCGACGUGCCCCAGGCACCGGCCCCCCCGGGGCGCGGGGCGAGAUGCAGGUGUCCAUCGCCUGCACGGAGCACAACCUGAAGAGUCGCAAUGGGGAAGAGCGGCUCAUCAGCAAGCAGAACGCCGCCGCGCCCAACGUGGUGAGCGCAGCCAGGGCCAAAUUCCGGACCGUGGCGAUUAUCGCCCGCAGCCUGGGGACCUUCACCCCGCAGCAUCACAUCUCGCUCAAGGAAUCCACCGCCAAGCAAACUGGCAUGAAAUAUAGGAACCUUGGGAAAUCCGGACUGCGUGUUUCAUGCCUCGGCCUGGGGACGUGGGUCACUUUUGGAGGUCAAAUCUCAGAUGAGGUGGCUGAGCAGCUGAUGACCAUCGCCUACGAGAGUGGUGUCAACCUCUUCGACACGGCCGAGGUGUAUGCGGCGGGCAAGGCUGAGGUCAUCCUGGGGAACAUCCUCAAGAAAAAGGGCUGGAGGCGCUCCAGUCUGGUCAUCACAACAAAGCUGUACUGGGGUGGAAAGGCUGAAACAGAGAGAGGGCUCUCGAGGAAGCACAUCAUCGAAGGGCUGAGGGCCUCCCUGCAGCGCCUGCAGCUGGAAUACGUGGAUGUGGUCUUUGCCAACCGCCCGGACAACAACACCCCCAUGGAAGAAAUCGUCCGAGCAAUGACACACGUCAUCAACCAGGGCAUGGCCAUGUACUGGGGAACGUCACGCUGGAGUGCUAUGGAGAUCAUGGAAGCCUACUCGGUGGCCCGGCAGUUCAACAUGAUACCGCCUGUGUGCGAGCAGGCUGAGUACCACCUCUUCCAAAGGGAGAAAGUGGAGGUUCAGCUGCCGGAACUGUACCACAAAAUAGGGGUGGGUGCCAUGACGUGGUCUCCCCUCGCCUGCGGGAUCAUCUCAGGGAAAUACGGCAACGGGGUCCCCGAAAGCUCAAGGGCUGCCCUGAAGUGCUACCAGUGGCUGAAAGAAAAAAUCAUAAGCGAGGAGGGAAGAAAGCAGCAAACAAAGCUGAAGGAUCUCUCGCCCAUUGCAGAGCGCCUUGGCUGCACACUACCUCAGCUAGCAGUCGCGUGGUGUCUGAGGAACGAGGGGGUGAGCUCUGUCCUUCUAGGAUCUUCCAAUCCAGAGCAGCUGAUCGAGAACCUCGGAGCCAUACAGGUUCUUCCAAAGAUGACAUCGCAUAUUGUAAAUGAAAUAGAUAACAUCCUGGGAAAUAAGCCCUACAGCAAGAAGGACUACAGAUCAUAAUGCAAUGCAUGAAUCACCUGGACUGCAUGGUUUGAUAAGUGCUCUGUACAGAAGUCCUGAGUUACUAUCGGGUCAUUAGAAUCAUUCAGCAGCUUGCUGCUCGGUGUCUGCCGGUACCGGCUCCUUCCAGGUGUGCUACCAUUGCUACCAAUCCGCAGUGAAAUCUAAAAGCACAGUCGAUCUCCUUUACAAGCAAGAAUAAUCUUGUAUUUUCUUACCUUCAACCGACUUCAUUAAUUUUUACUUUUCUCUUAGCACCUCAUGCUUGUGCUGUGAAAAACAUAUGUAAAGCAAAAAAGAAUUUGUAGCCUUCAGGUACUCGGUAAUUAAAGAAGGAUGUACAGAUAUAUUUUUUCAAUGAAGAAAAAGCCAGAUACAACUUAAGGUUUUAAUAAAACCACGUUUGGGAAAUCUCAACACAGAGUUUCUUCAGUCAGGUUAAGAGGCAGAAUGGGUAAGUUCAAAUUUUCCACUUGCUUUUUUAUGCUGAACAGACGCUAUAGAUUCUGUUUGUAACUGAAUAAUGGACUUCAGUCAGAGAAUUGAUUAGAAGUUACAUAGCUCAACUCCUAACUAAACCAUUAUUCCAGCUGCGGAGUGCUCUUCAGCAGUAUCUCUGAGUACAAAACAGAAGAGCACAGUUAGAAAGCCCCAGAGUGCAUGUCAGGUUAACACCAACAUCUGCUGUCUGCAAUGGUUUAAUUCUGCAUAAACUUCAAACCAAGAAAGCCAUGGUGAAACUUUUUUUUUUUUUUUUUUUUUUUUUGCGUUUUAUAGAAACUUGCCUCUACUUUUGCCUGCUUGUAGACAUAGCUAUUGCAAAUCUUAAUAUUCUUGAGCUUCUGAGGAUGUAGAUAUUUAUAUAUAAAACAUAUAGCUGCUGAAAAAUGCCAGAUAAAAUCAGGUGUGUGUACAUUGCUGGAAGGCCACAUUUGCUUUAACUUGUUCUGGAAUCGGGCAUAAGUAAACGCAUAGUGUUUUUAGGACACAUUUUAAACAGGUAGUUCUUUUGUGAGCAUUUUGUCCCUCUACAGGAGUUGAUAGUAAACAUUUACCAAUUAAUUUGCCCAUCUUGAGAACCAUAUCAUAUUUUACCAUAAGUUUGCUUUGUAAAGUGCACCUCUGAUUUCAGUAAACCCUUCACACUGGUACUGAAUCACACACUUUAGGAACACGCUUCCUAGAGUGUACAGCUUUGUACAGUAUUUGUAGGACCCCUGUAUUCUACCCCCAACCUUCAGGAUCUCUGCUGCGUGUGCGCAGCGCUCACGUCAACAGAUGGGAAUACUUGAUUUGUUUCCUCCUGUAUCUAUUCUAACAAGCUAUGGUCUGUGUAAAUGAACUUAGCUGCUGUAUAGCAAGAAAUGCAAUUUGACUUUGACUUCUGCUUGGACAAAAUAAAAGCAUUUUGUGCAACUGA